AACUAUUUACCAUUUGGUAUUGUGGCGCUGCCUUCUCCACAGUAAAAAUUUCCCAACAAAACAAGAGCGUCUCUGUGCUGAUUGCAUUGAACUCUAUAUUGAACUCAUAUGUUAUCAUACAGAGUUCAAUAGUUGUUUGAUUAUGUACACUACAAAAUGUAUAUCUAAUUCUUUUUUAUAGUACAGCACUCGAUAAGGAUUGCAGUAUUACACAUUUUAGCGAAGUAUUAUAAUGCUAUUUGCUAUUUACUAUUUACCGAUAUUGUUUUAUAAAUCAAUAUAAUUUGUAUAUUUAUAUAAAUUAAUAAUUAUACAUACCAUGUACGGAAAUCUAUUGAAGUAAGUUUAGUUACAACUUGUUUUGAUUUAAAUUUGUAGGUAUUGACGUAACAUAACAUUAAUGGAAAGUAAAUUAUAGGUUUAUUUCAAUAUCUAUACACAAUUAUAAUCAUAUUAGCACAAUGAAAAUUGAUUAUCCUUUAUUCCGGUAUUUGUUUCUGUAAUUAAGAUUAAAUAAUUUUAUCUGCCUAUUUGUUAUUAAAGUCACAAAUUUUACUUAUAUAAGAGACCAAUAAGACCUCAUCAAUAUUUUCGCAAGAUAUUGCAAAUCAAUUUGAAAGUUAUCUAUCUAGGUUAUUAGAUAAUUUUCAUUAUAAUAGUAUAUCAAUGUCAAAAUUUCAUUUGUUCUAAUUUAAUUUGGCCGGCAUUAAACAUGACUAAUGUUCCAAAUGUUAUAAAAUACUUAUGUAGUUAUAAAAGUGUUUGCAAGAAGUACGUAAAUAGCACUUUCUUAACUUUAAAAAUAUAAUUUAAUAUUUUACUGGUUCACUUAAGUAUUUUAAACUGAUAAUAAAUAUCUAGAUACUUAAAAGUUAAAAAUUAAAGUGUUUGGAAAUGCAUUGUAAUUCAUAAUUUUUAUAUAUAUAAUACAAUUUUUCUAUUUGUAUUUUUAUGACUUAGAUAGGUACCUAUAUUUUAAAGAUUAAGCCUACUCAUUAGUCUAACUUAAUGCACUUAAUCAAAAAUUGCCAUGUAAAAAGAAGUAUUAAAUUUGUUUUAUUUUUCUGUUAUAGGAUUGUUAAAAAAGACAAAAUUGUCUUGUUUCAAAAUAAACCAAAUGAUAUUACAGUUCAACAUAUUCCCAACAUUGAUCAUGUUGAACCUUCCAUAGAGUAUAUAUGUCCAAUAUCUGAGUAAGUAACCGGUUUUUAUUCAUUUUUUCUAUAAAAAAACGGGUAUAUUUAGGUACAUUAGUGUCACCAAUUUGAAUAAAGAAACCUAAAUAAUGUAAAUUAGGUAAUAACGUAAAUGCCUAGCCAAUAUCUAAAAUGCCUAACAUUAAUAGACAUUAUCUUCAAUGCUUAGGCAAUAAAAUAAAAAUUAGUUCAACAUUUUUAUUAAUAUUGUCUGAAACAUCCCAGCAUUAUCAUUGCUUAGGAAAUAUUUAUGUCUGCCGGUAACAUAUAUAUUUAUAUAUAUAUAUAUAUAUAUGUAUCUUUUUCCUACUACUUUUAGGCAUUUCUAGUAGCUUCCUCAGGACUAAAUGAACUCAAACUCAGGAAUUUGAGUUGUUUUGUAAGUGAAUUGAUAAAAGUUGGGUGGAAAUUUAAGAUAAAUUAAAGAAUAUUGUUUGGGUACAUAGAACAUAGUGUUUUUUAGCUACGUACACUCAUAUAGAAGAAUACAUUUUGUAUAAUAUGAAUGGUGUCAGGAUCAAGUUUGUACCUUUUGGAAAUAUCAACUUUCAACUCUCACCCCUACCAUUUAUAUAAUCAAAUUUUACUUUUUUGUUUUUGAUGUUUUAUAGUGUAAGAGGUAUUCUAUUAUUAAAGUAUUUAGUUAUUUAUUAUUUUGCAAAGAAUAUUUUUAUUGUAGAAAAAAGUAGGGGAAAAUUCUACUCUAAGAUCUUCUGCGUGAUUAUUUUAUACAUUAUUUAUGUUGUUAUUAUUAGUUUAUAAAUUAAUUAUAGUUAUUUUAUAGGUUAUUAGACUAGAGUUUUUAUUUUAACAUUAAUUCAAUAGUUUGAAAGAAACUACUUAUUAUUUUUAUAAAAUAAAUCAAUGCCACAUGUUAAAAUUUAACUUGAUUUGUAUUUAUUAUUUGCAGUAACAGAAUUUCUGUAAAAGAAGAUAAUAUUAAUGCUUUUAACCAAGAACCAAUUAUCAUCACAGUUAACCCCCAAUCCCCAGAACAAAAUGGAUGUUUUACAAACAAGGAUUACCUAUUGCCUACUACUACAGAGUAAGUUGAUUAGAUAGCAUUUGUUUUUAUUAUUUAAAUUCAUAUUAAUAUCUCUAUUAGCCAGUAUUGGUUAAUCUAUGUAUAUAUAUGUAUAAAUGUUAAGUGUUUGUUAUUUUUAACUAAAAAAAAUAUUAAAAAAUAAUACGUAAUAUUCAUGACAUUAUACCUUUUCUUACAAAUUUUACAUAAUAUUUUAUUAAUAUUUAACUAUUAUAGUCAGUAAUUAUAAAACCUAUAGUUUAAAAUUGAUUGGUAACUGGCUGGGCUUACAUUGCUGGUAACAUAGUAUAAAAUUGUCUUUACCAUUGCCUUCAUCUCAACUAUUUGAGAGGAUUAACCGGCAUAAAAAAAAUUGCUAACAAUGAUAUUAUAUUAUUGUUAAGAACUGUAAAUAUGGAAGUUUAAAAAUGUAUUUUGCUAUUAAACAAUAAAUAGAUAACACCUGUUUCAAACAAGUUGAGAAACAGUUGAUAUACAUAUAUUAAGAAUUUUAUUAUUCUUAUGUAAGUAUAUCUUAGUAUAUUGGGUAGUGUUAGUAGAGUCUACAAAAAAUUUGUCCAGUGGUAUCAAAUGAUUUUAUCAUAGGGAAAAUAAAGAUAAUUGUUUGACAACUAUUAUUAAAUACUUUUGUAUUACUAAAUAUUUUUUUAUGUAUAUAUAUAUAUAUAUUAAGUAUAUCUUAUUAUAAAUACUAAAGGGAAAUAAGAUAAUGGAAAAUAUGUAUUUAAAAAUCUAAAAUCGAACCUAUGUCUUAUAUUAAUAUUAUAUGUAAUUUUAUUUUAUUCAAAUAAUUUAGGUCAUAGUUAUUUCUAUUAAUCUAUAAAAAUAAUGGGUAAAUAUUAAAUGUAGAUGUAGAUGUCCUUAGGCUUCCACAUGUGAGUUUUCUCAGUAUUGGAUUAGUAAUCUAUAAAAAUAUAUUGAUCUAAAAUUUUGAUCAAUAUUUAGAUUCUAAAUAGUAAUCUCUAAUGAGUUUGAUUUGUUUUAGUUAUAAUACUAAGACAGAACAUUAUGAAUACAAAAAUGGAAUAGAUAAUGUCACACUUCAACUUAUACCACCUAUGGAACAAUAUCAAUUAUUUUCAAAUGCAAAUGAUUCUUUUUCAAUUGGACAGUAAGUAUAAUAUAAUGUAUACAAUAAAUCAUAAAGUUUACCUUAUGAUGACUUUUUUUUUUUUUUGUGGAAACCUAUUACACAAUCAUUUAUAAUAAAUAUUUUCUUUAUUUUCUAUUCAUUUUAUCGUUAAAAAAUAUAAUAAUAAAAUACAUUUCCAAUCAUUUUUAUUUUAAUAUUUAGUUUAAUUGUGUAGAAAUAUGAACAUUUAUUGUGUUUUUGUAAGAAUUUAUUUUUCCUUGCUCUGCUCAUUUAAAAUGACAUAAUAUUAAUUUUUCUUCAUUUAUUAUUUAUUUAUAUAUGUACAUAAUGCAAUAAACUUCAAAUUACACACUGAAUUGACUGAAAAUAAAUGUUUUACUUUUAUUGGAACAUAUAAAUUGUUAAUUAUCAUUUUAUAUAUUUUUUGACAUUUUCAUAAAAAAAAAAAAAUAUAUUAAUUUUACUAAAUGUACAAUUCAAAUUUCAGAAUUCCAAAAAAGCCAAAGAGAAUAUCUUCAGAUGUUAAAAAGUACCUAUGCUAUAUGUGCUCAAAAGCAUUUUCUCGAAGCAAUCAUCUUACAGACCAUAUAAGAACUCACACUGGUGAAAAGCUUUAUUCCUGUGGAGUGUGUUUUAAAAAGUUUUUCAGAAAUAAUCAUUUAACAACACACAUGAGAACUCAUACAGGGGAAAAACCAUUUUCAUGUAACAUGUGUCCUAAAGCAUAUAAAGGAAGAAGUAGUUUAAUGUACCACAUGAAAACUCAUGGGUAAAAAGACUAAUCAAUUUAGUUAAAUCGUUUAAUGUGAUCAUUAUUUUUUUUAUAAAACAUGAAAAUACUGUAAAUGUUCUACCUCGUAUUAAUUUAAAUAAUUAUUAAUAUUAUGUUUGAUGUUGAUUUUAUUUUAUUUAAAUUUAUUUAUUGCAACAUACUGUUUGAUAAAUAGUAUAUUGUAUAAAUAUUAAAAUCUAAAUAGAAAUUUUUAGUAUUAUAAUAAUGUUACUUUUUUUCUAGUUUGCUGCAAAAAUAUGACUUAUUACAUAAUGUUUUUUAUUGAAGAUUUACCAUGCUUGAUUUUAAUAACCUUUGCUCAAAAAUAUUAUUUCAUGAUUUUUUUUUUGUUUUAUAAAUAAUUUAAAAGCCUUGUACCAAAAUGCAACAAGAACAGUGUUUUUAAUUUGUAAUUUAACUUAUUUAUACACAGCAUAUUUGUGUUUUAUUGUGUAUACUAUUAUGUUUUCGCUAAGUAAAUUUUUUGUAGUAAAUUUUUGUAUGAACACUUCCUUCAUUUACCAUGGUUUACAUCCAAUUCCAUUUUUGUAGAUCUAAAGUUCCAAAUUCCAAAAUAAAAAUGAUCUUAUGUAUCUUUUCAAAGCCUCAGAUUUAUUUAAAAAUAUGUAUAUAUUUUAUUCAAUCAUAUAAUAUGAAUUUAAUGUGAUUUUUUUUUUUCAUUUAACCAGUUUAAGAAAUUUUAAUGUAUAUUCACUUACCUACUUAAGUUAAUGUGUGUCUGUGUGAAGUAAAAACAAUAGAAACUAUAUAUUGUUUCUGCUAGAUAGGAAAGAAACAUUUCAGUUUAUAAUAUAAUUAGCUCAAUAAGAAGUGUUAUGAUUGUUUCGUAUGCUUUAUUUUAAUAAAUUGAAAAAUAUAAACUGCAGGCUUCACAAUUUAUGGACAUGACACUUUAAAUAGUUCUAUUUAUCAUAAAUUAGGUACCAACUAUUCUUAGGAUAUAAACUUAAUUCUUUUAAAUGCCAUUGUAGUUAUAUUUUGCUUUUAGAUCUGGGCUUCUUAUUUUUAUCAGAAUUUGUUAAGUUUGUUUUAAAAAAAUAAACUUAACUGAACAAAAAUGUACCUAUUAUUAUAUAUUAUUUAAUAAUAAUAUUUUGAAAGGGAUAAUUUAUCAUUUCAGGAAAAUCAUUCUCUUUAAAAAAAAUUCUCGUUCACUAACACAAUUAAUAAGAAAAAGUUAUUUUAUGGGAUCAUUUUAUUUGAUACAAAUAAAGUAAAACAAAACAAUUUUUCCAUAGGUAGCUAUCAAGAUUUUUUCAAUAUCCUGAAGUUAGAGUGGAUAUACAUUUUGUUUAUAAAAACCCCCACAAUAAAGUCACAUAUUAAUGAAUAAUCAAUUUGUUGAAAGUAAUAGCAUUACUAUAAAAGAACACAAAUUCACCGUUCCAUAUAUUUUUUUUAAAUACAAAAGCAUGCCAUUACUCAGUGAUAUACCAACAGUGCACAAUGAGGCUGAUUGUAUCCAGAGAAAAUUGUAGAAAACUAUGGCAUGCCAAAAUAAUUUUUGAGGAUUGUGCAAUAACAAUAUAUUACAAUAAAUUGUAUCGAAAAUAUAUUUUUAAUAUUUACUCACAAUAUUUGUAUUUUGUAUUGUUUUUGUUUCAAUAAAUUCAUCUUGGUACUUUUAUUCAUUUUUCUGUAUCCAUAUGACAGGCUUUUGUUAUUUUAUAUAAAACAAGUUAACAUAAAAUAAAUAAAUAAUUAGUAAUUUGUUUAUUUUGAAUUUAGAGAUCUUUAAUAUGUAUACAUUCGAUUAACCAAGUAUGUAUUUAUCACAGAUUAAUGUUAAUGAAAUACACAAAUAUAUUUAUCUUUUGUUUCAUAAUUAAUUGAAUAAAUAUUGCAAUAUUAUGUGCAAUUCAAUAUUUU